GUCUGUUGAAGAUGCACUGGUCCCCGGAGCACACCGCCCCCUUAACUCAGUGGCCUGAGCAACACCUAGAUGUCACCUCUACCACUUCACCGCCGUCUGCCCACAAACAUGACCCCUACGCUGCAGCUGGUCGCCGAAGCUUUGCCCCUGCAGGUUACCCAUGGGCAAGUGAUGACAUAUCAGCCCUAACUGCUUCUUCUCUGCUCAAACGCUACGCUGAGAAGUACUCAGGGUUGGAGCUAUCAUAUGAACGCCCUCCUACAGGGGCCUACCCAGAGCCUGGAACCUUCCUGAAAACUGAAUCGGAGCCAUGGGCUCUGGGUCAGGGCAUGGAGUGCUACCCUGGAUUGGAGGCAUUAACUGGCACCAAGGUGGGCUCUGCAUCUGUGGGCAUCCCAGCCACAGGAAGUGUGACCGUAGUGAGCAGUAACUUGGCGUCUGAGCCAGGCUACAAUGGUGCUGGCUCCUGCAAUGCCCCGUCAUCUCAGGAAUACCCUUCUGCCUACAACAGCACCUACCUGUCUUCAGGAUACUGCCCUCAACCCAGCGCAGCACUUCCCCCUGUCCCUCUACACUCAUUGCAGGCCACAUCCACUCUAGUGCCCAGCUACAGCGCCAGCACUCCUAUCUACAACUACCCUCCAGGGUGCUACUCCCAAACCAGCCUGUCCUCUGGAUACAGCCACCCCAGUGCCUCCUACCUGCCCCCUGGAAUCAGUGCCCCCACUCCUCUGGCCCCUAGGCCCACCAUGGUGGGGGCCAGUUACAGCUACCCAUCUCACAGCCUUGGAGGGAGUUCUGAGGGAGGCGUACCACUGAAACGUAAGGCCUUUGAGAUGGCAGAGGAUGGACAGGAGGGAGCAGAGGUGGAGGGAUCCCGCUACAGAAAGUAUGGCAAUGGCCAUGGAAAUAGUCAUAGCAAAGGGCACGGCAACGGUCAGGGCAAUGGCUACGAUAUGAGCGGCUUGACCUCAGACCCACAGGCCUACAAAUCUGGAAAGACCAUGAUGUCACCCCCUUAUGGCGGGGCAGGGGACUACAGCCCACCAUCAGGCCUAGCAGGAGAGAAUGUGUCAGGGGAGCACACCUUCCCUCAGCCACAGAGAAUGUCUAUGAAGAUACAUACACCGCACACACGGUCUGAAGACCCCACUGCAGGGCGCUGA